GAAAGCCACGUGAUUCGAGUGGACUGAAGAGAGGGGAGGGGUCGCCGCCAUGGGGACGGCGCUGGAUAUCAAGAUUAAACGGGCUAACAAGGUGUAUCAUUGCGGGGUGAGCAGUAGUAAAGGCACAGGAGGUGGUCGUGUUGAAGAGCAGGCACGUGUGAAUGUUGUAUUGGAAAUUCUCACUGGCGUGGUGGUCAUAACAAGUAAAGAUUCUGUCCAGCACCAAGGAAUCUCCUUAACAAUGGAAGGAUCUGUAAACCUACAGCUCAGUGCCAAAAGCGUGGGUGUGUUUGAAGCCUUCUACAACUCAGUUAAGCCUAUCCAGCUUAUUAACAAUACCGUAGAAAUGGUAAAACCUGGAAAACUGCCUAGUGGUAAAACAGAAAUUCCUUUUGAGUUUCCACUUCAAGUGAAAGGAAACAAAGUUCUGUAUGAAACUUACCAUGGAGUUUUUGUCAACAUCCAGUAUACCCUUCGGUGUGACAUGCGACGCUCUCUCCUGGCCAAGGAUUUGACCAAGACUUGUGAAUUUAUUGUCCACUCACCACCUCAAAAGGGUAAACCAACCCCAAGUCCAGUGGACUUUACUAUUACGCCUGAAACUCUACAGAAUGUGAAAGAGAGAGCAUCACUCCCAAAGUUUCUCAUCAGAGGUCACCUCAACUCAACAAACUGCAUCAUAACACAGCCACUAACAGGAGAGCUGGUGGUGGUGAACUCAGAAGCUGCAGUUAAGAGUAUUGAACUUCAGUUAGUACGAGUAGAAACCUGUGGCUGUGCUGAAGGCUAUGCUAGAGAUGCCACAGAGAUCCAGAAUAUUCAGAUUGCUGAUGGAGAUGUCUGCAGAAAUCUUCCUGUUCCAAUUUACAUGGUGUUCCCCAGGCUAUUUACCUGCCCUACACUAGAAACUACAAACUUCAAAGUUGAAUUUGAAGUUAACAUUGUUGUCCUCUUGCAUGACGAUCACCUCAUCACAGAGAAUUUUCCACUGAAGCUCUGCAGGAUGUGACUAAACUAGAACUGUUUCAGGACACUGUAGGACCAGAUGCCUCCCAUCUGUUGGGAACCCAGUGCACUGGAACUGAAGGGACAAAACUAUGUGAUAUUUCUGUAACAGUAAGAAUUAGAUGUUCUGAAUGGUAAUAAGAAUCACAAGUUGACAUUCUAAAAGUGAUCUCAUGAGGUCAGUAUAAAAUAAAAACCCAACGAAACUUGUCCUUGCUUGCAUGAGGUACUUAAUCAGACUAUGUUGAAGAGCUGACUCUCCUUCUGCCUAAUCUGUCUGCUUUAACAUUGCCUCUAUUUUUGCAGUGUCUUGCACAUGUAUAUUUGGAAAAGUAGGGAGGCCUAACAGUCAAAUGUGGACUGGUUGGCAAUAUGGCAUUUGGACCAAAACCACUUCCUACCCAUGCCUUGGAAUUUGCUUGCUGUGAUAAGACUAUAUUCAUUUUGGAAGUUUGCAAGUCCUAUUAGGACACCUUGCUUUUAAAUCUAAAUAAAACAAGAGUAAUGGAAACUA